AUGGCAAAGGUAGUUGAGGUCUUCCCAGGCAGUGAUGGAAGGGUGAGAAGACUCAAACUACUGAAGAGUGACGCAACACUAGAUAGCAGGGGCAUACGCACAAGGAGGCACAUUUAUUAUGACCAGACCAUCAACACAUCAGUCCUCCACCUCCCCAUCAAGGGCACCCACUCCAUGUGGCUGAUGUUGCCUGGUAAUAUGACAAGACUGGAGAAUGCCAUAAACUCAGGUCAUAUCACCAAAUGGCUGAAAGUGAUGGAGUCCAGGAGAUACGAAAUAUAUGUUCCAAAGUUCUCCAUCAAGACUUCCUACAAACUGAACAAUGUGCUGACUGAAAUGGGAAUGUCAGACAUGUUUAAUGAUCGUGCAAAUUUGACUGGUAUUUCAGAGGGGCAUCAACUGUUAGUCUCAAAGGUUGUACACCAAGCCACCCUGGAUGUUAAUGAAGCUGGAGCCACAGCAGCAGCUGCCACAGGCAUCGAGCUCAUGGUCGGGUCCUCCCUCUUUCGUCCGGUCAUUCCGGUCUUGAAGUUUGACCGUCCAUUUAUGGUCAUGAUCACUGAGCGCAACACAGAAAACAUUCUUUUCAUGGGCAAGAUUAUCAACCCAAACAUCUGAUGGAGGAAAAAUUGUGUGUUCCAGCAUGGCUGUU